AUGACAGUAGGGAGAAUGGAGAACGUGGAGGUCUUCACUUCUGAGGGCAAGGGCAGGGGUCUGAAGGCCACUAAGGAGUUCUGGGCUUCGGAUGUCAUUUUUGCCGAGCGGGCUUAUUCUGCAGUGGUUUUUGACAGCCUGGUUAACUUUGUGUGCCAUACCUGCUUCAAGAGGCAGGAGAAGCUCCAUCGCUGUGGACAGUGCAAGUUUGCCCACUACUGUGACCGCACCUGCCAGAAGGAUGCUUGGCUGAACCACAAGAAUGAGUGUUCAGCCAUCAAGAGAUAUGGAAAGGUGCCCAAUGAGAACAUCAGGCUGGCUGCCCGCAUCAUGUGGCGGGUAGAGAGAGAGGGCACCGGGCUCACAGAGGGCUGCCUGGUCGCUGUGGAUGACCUGCAGAACCACGUGGAGCACUUUGGGGAGGAGGAGCAAAAGGAGCUGCGGGUGGACAUGGACACUUUCUUGCAGUACUGGCCGCCCCAGAGCCAGCAGUUCAGCAUGCAGUACAUCUCGCACAUCUUCGGCGUGAUUAGCUGCAAUGGCUUCACGCUCAGUGACCAGAGAGGCCUGCAGGCAGUGGGCGUGGGCAUCUUCCCCAACCUGGGCUUGGUGAACCACGACUGUUGGCCCAACUGCACCGUCAUAUUUAACAAUGGCAAUCAUGAGGCAGUGAAAUCCAUGUUUCAUACCCAGAUGAGGAUUGAGCUCCGGGCCCUGGGUAAGAUCUCAGAAGGAGAGGAGCUGACAGUGUCCUAUAUCGACUUCCUUAAUGUCAGCGAAGAGCGCAAGAAGCAGCUGAAGAAGCAGUACUACUUUGACUGCACAUGUGAGCACUGCCAAAAAAAGCUAAAGGAUGACCUGUUUCUGGGGGUCAAAGAUGACCCAAAGCCAUCUCAGGAGGUGGUAAAGGAGAUGAUACAAUUCUCCAAGGAUACACUGGAAAAAAUUGACAGGGCUCGCUCUGAGGGUCUGUACCAUGAGGUUGUGAAAUUAUGCCGGGGGUGCCUGCAGAAGCAGGAGCCAGUGUUUGCCGACACCAACCUCUACACGCUGCGGAUGCUGAGCACUGUUUCCGAGGUCCUCUCCUACCUCCAGGCCUUUGAGGAGGCCUCGUACUACGCCAGGAGGAUGGUGGAUGGCUAUAUGAAGCUCUACCACCCCAACAAUGCCCAACUGGGCAUGGCCGUGAUGCGGGCAGGCCUGACCAACUGGCAUGCUGGUAACAUUGAGGUGGGGCACGGGAUGAUCUGCAAAGCCUAUGCCAUUCUCUUGGUGACACACGGACCCUCCCACCCAAUCACCAAGGACUUAGAGGCCAUGCGGGUGCAAACGGAGAUGGAGCUGCGCAUGUUCCGCCAGAACGAGUUCAUGUACCACAAGAUGCGCGAGGCCGCCCUCAGCAACCAGCCCAUGCAGGUCAUGGCCGAGCCCAGCAAUGAGCCAGCCCCGGCUCUGUUCCAUAAGAAGCAAUGAGGACCUGUCUGGUGGGGGAGGGGCACCGUGGCUGGGGAACUGGGGAGACAUUCUGGAGGUAGUGGGUUUCUGGGAAGACCCUUGAUGAGGAAGGCAGAAUAAUGUUCACUCUUGUUGCUCUGGGAAUGUACUGUUCUGUAUUCCUCAGUUCAUUUUGGUUCAAUUAAAAUUAGUUCAAUUCCCAAUUGAACUCUAUCCCAGCCCAGGCUAGCUCAUCUU